AUGCCAGGAAUACCCAAAGUUCCAGAAUUGAAUUCAAUUAAGAAGACAGUUUUCGAAGACAUUCAAACAAUGAAGAGAGAAGAAGCCACCAUGAAACCUUAUGAAUAUGCAGAUGAAUUUGCAGGACAAUAAGAAUAUGCUGUCUCAUUAUGGUUCAGAUGGAGUACCAUCGGAAGAGUUGCUUGGGAGAAUGUCUACACAUUGUCAUAUCAUGAUUAAGCAUCAAGAGCAAACCAUGUCAGACCAGGAGACAGAGUGUUGUCAGUGUUCCAAUAUGUUGAUCACAGAAUCUUCUUCAGUACUUACACUACUCCUGAAAAUCACGAUGCCUUUGCUUAAAUCUUCACUGAAGCCCCAGUACCAACUCUUGAUCAAACUGCUUGGGUUUAUGUUUAUUAUGCAUACAGCAGAAAGGCAUAAUCAGUGGUGCAUUUCAUGAAGACAAGAACUACAGAAAAUGAGAAGAAAUUAGGAUGCAUGCACAGAGUUCCUAAAUAUUUAGGAUUAUGGGCUGGUAAAGAUGGUAUUCACACACCUUACAAUGGAUCAUACAGAGAGAAGGAUUACUUAUCAUAUGAACCAUAUAUUGCUGGUGCUCUUGGAAUUCAAGCUAAACCAUGGAAAUGGAAUGAGAAGAAGGACCAAUUUGAUAUUGCUGAUAAAUAAGAAAUUGUUCUAGAUGCCAAUGCAAUUGAUGGACAUUCAGCAUAUGCUAUCGGAGUUUGGUUGAGAUACUUGACUGCAAUUCCAAAGAGAAUUUUGGAGAAAUAAGCAAGAAUGUCAGUUUAUAGAUUCACUUAGAAUUAAUAAUUGGAAGAUAGUGCCAAAGUAGGAGAUAGAACCUUAGGAUUGUGGUUGACUGCUGGACAAUAUGGAUUCAGAACAUACAAUUUGGCUAACAACAAUCCAAAUCUAUCCCAAGAUAUUAAUUAUGAUGAUAAGUUGGAAGGAGAAUGGAACUUUGUAUAC